UUUACUUUUUGUUUCUAAAGAAAAUUAUAAAUAAAAAAAACAUAGUCAUCUGUUGCGUAAUAAUUUAUUUUUCAAAAGCUGAAACUCCUUUCUCUCUCUCUUUCUCUCUCUGUUUUAUUUGUCAGAAAUGAAAACUCAUGAAUCAAUUACUGUGUUACCACUGCAUAUAGUUUGUUAAGGUUUCUGUUCCUUCGUCCCUUCUCUCACUUUUCGUCACUGUUUUUGAAGGGUUCAUAUACAGAGGAAGGAGUAGAAGUUUUUGGGUCAUCAAUUGUGUCAUCCUGGCCUAUAAAAUCUAAAACAGAGGUUGGUUCUGAACCUCGUAAAUUUCUUGAGGUAGGAGCCUUAUUGGUGUUUUUAUGCCGAUUGGAAUUAUAUAAUAGAAAGGAGGCUUGAGGGAAAAGGGUGGAAAAAGUGGUUAAAGGGAUAGCAACUUGUCGGAUACUGAAGGAUAAGAAGACUAUUGCUACAAGGCAAAGUAAAUGGAGGAAAUAUCUUCAAGUGUUGCAGUACCUUUUACACUUGGUGUUGGAAAUUUGAUUCAAAAAGAGUCUGCAGUGACAACUCACGUGGAGAUAACUGGGCUGAAGCUUAUGGCAAAUACAGCAGCGGCAGCUUUGAUGUUAAAUCCUGCAGUGGAGUGUUGUCAGUCAUAUUCUGUUGGAAGUGAAAGCCAUGCAGAUGUAAGUCUGCAGCACCAGAUCACGGUAUCUGCGGAGGUAAAAGAGAAUCAAGUUGGGGAUGCCCUUGUCUCAGAAAUGGUUAUUGAAUGUGAGAGUAAUUGGGUUUUGAAUGAAACCCAUCAUAAGGCUAUAAAGGAAGAUGAAGUAAUGUUAGCUGUGGAUUUUCACUGUCUUCAUAGUUCAAGCUCUCAGUCUGUGGCUAAUGGCCAAAGUGAUCCUUGUAGGGAGGAAGCGGUGCCGUUGAAGACUAGUUAUUCUGAAAUAGAAUCACCAAUCAUCAUGAAUGUUGAUGAUGAUGUUCAUGGCAAGUCUGGAGUAAACGAACCGUGUUCAUCGAUGAAGUCAGUGGAGAACACAGUUUCUGUUGCAAUGGAUAUUACUAGUGAGGAUCAAAGUGGAUCAGAUGAGUCUGAUCCUAAAUCAUCUACUGUGCUUCUUGACCAGUUGUCUGGGGAGAAUAAAGCAUGGAGAACGAGCAACAAAAAUGCUUUGGAAUUGAAUAGUGGCCCUCUGUGGGGUUAUUCAUCAAUUUGUGGAAUGAGACCGGAGAUGGAAGAUGUUAUUUCUGUUCAGCCUCAACUUUUUCAAGUUCCUUCACAGAUGCUGAUGAAUGACCACGUAAAUGAGAACGAAAAACAGACACUAGCCCACUUUUUCGCCGUCUACGAUGGACAUGGGGGCCUUCAGGUUGCUAACUACUGCCAGGAACGUCUUCAUUCAGUAUUGAUUGAGGAGAUUGAGGCUGCACAAUCAAGUUUGGCUGAAACAAAUGGGAGAGAUGAUUGGCAGGACCAUUGGAAGAAAGCAUUCAUCAAUUGUUUUCAGAGAGUAGAUGAUGAGGUUGGAGGAACUGGUGCAAGUAAUAAUGGAAACAACAGUGGUGGAUCUGAGUCUAGUAUUGAACCUGUUGCUGCUGAGACUGCUGGUUCCACCGCAGUUGUCGCUAUUUUAAGUCAAAUCCUCAUAAUAGUUGCAAAUUGUGGAGAUUCAAGAACUGUCUUGUACCGUGGAAAAGAGGCCAUGCCACUGUCUUCUGACCACAAACCAAAUAGAGAGGACGAGCGGGCAAGGAUAGAAGCUGCAGGAGGAAGAGUCAUACAUUGGAAAGGAUAUCGAGUUCUUGGUGUCUUGGCAAUGUCAAGGUCCAUAGGGGAUAGAUAUCUUAAACCAUGGAUAAUUCCAGAACCUGAAGUGAAUAUUGUGCGUAGAGAGAAAAAUGACGAAUGUCUUAUUCUAGCAAGUGAUGGUUUGUGGGAUGUAAUGACAAAUGAAGAAGCCUGCGAGGUUGCUAGGAAGAGAAUCCUUCUUUGGCACAAAAAGUUUGGUGAAAACGGAGCAACAGGACAUGGCGAAGGAGCUGAUCCUGCUGCUCAGUCUGCUGCAGAGUAUCUAACAAAGCUUGCCAUCCACAGGGGAAGCCAAGAUAACAUCUCUGUAAUUGUCAUAGACUUAAAGGCUCAAAGAAGAAUUAAGAGGAAGCCUUAAAGUGACGUAUUUCACUUCCGGAACAUCUUCAUUUUAAGCUAUUUAUUUAUUGUAUUUUAGAGUCAUUGGCACAUUUUAGCCCCUCAGUUUUUCACCAGGGCUAAGUUAUAUAUGCUAAGAUUCGCACUGUACAAGGGUACAUUCAGCUUGGAUGAGAUAUCACUCAGUCUCUGUGGGAACUUUCCAAGCGUAACAGUUUUUUUUUUCUUUCAAAAAUUUAUGAAUCAACAUUUUGUGUUAGUUAA